UGGAGCCUGGGGACGGUGCGCCCUCUUCCAGUGAAAAGCAUCCCGCCUCAUGUCCCCACCCCCACUCCUUCAUUGCCCACCUUUCCUCCCUCGGUCCCCUCCCCGAAUCACCUCGGCUCCCACCACACUGACUGUCCUUUUCUCAGUCCGUUCUGGCCUGACCUCUUGGGUCAACGUGUCCCCAUGGCUUUCCAUGCCAGCAGGACCAAAUGGACCCAGCUGCAAAGGAUCUCUUGUCAUCAGCAAGGAUUCUUUGGGUAUUCUGGGAUGUGGGGCCCUGGGCAUGGUACCUGGCAUGUUUCCUGGACUCAUUGUAAGAAGAAGGGAAUGCUUCAGUGUGUGAGGAAACCACAUGUCAGACUGAGAUGGAAGGAUGGCAACAUCUCCUUGUAUCCCCUAGGCCAAGCUGGUCAGGGACAGACUGAAACCAGGCAGUGUGCUUGGUCCUUUCCCUAUCAUCAGCUGCUUUCUAGACGCAGCAUAAGAAUCUGCUGCAUGUCUGGUGGCAGCAAACUGAGGAAAGGGGCAAGAACUAUGUGCAAGGAAGGAACUUUGCACAGGAUUUUGUUCCCUCUGAUCUGCUGAGUGUGCUCCUGGCUCCAUCACUAGCUCUGGGAAUUUUAGAGGCCACCCUUCUUCCCAUUUCCCCUACCUAUGGAAGUGAUUUUCCGAUGCUUCCCCUCCCUCUUCAGAAUGUUGUAUGUUCUGUGUCCUGAGAGAUCCCUACAGGAAAAGUGCCUCAAGAGGAUUGAAUGAAGUAGGGCCUUCAGAGGCCAGUGUCUCCAAGUGGUCACCACCUGAGAACUACAAAAAACGUGUUGCUGCCUUGGAGACCAAACAGAAGCUCAUUGCUUCCAGGGGCUUGGUUCAGCCCCAGGGACUGACUCAAGAAGACCAAGUCAUUGCCAAGCGACUUGAAAAACUCCGCCAGGAGACCAAGCCUAAGGUAGCCCCUUCCCAAGCAGAGAUUGAGGCCCGGCUGGCUGCGCUUCGGAAUGAUCCUCCAGGCCCCAUCCCUUCCACUGAGGAGAUGGAGGAUCGACUGGCUGUGCUGCAAGGCAGGGUUCCCCCAUCCCAGGCUCCCCGGCUGGUCCACCAGCCUCCUGACACCAGGACGCAGGCCCAGCAGGCAGAGGAUCUUCUGACGCAGCUGGCCGCUGAGGUGGCGAUCGAUGAAAGCUGUGAUCCAGAAACCUCAGCGUCAAACCGCUCUCUGCAAAAUGACCUUAACCGGGACAGCCCCAGAGGCUGGAACAUGAACCCUGCUGAACUGGCCCCCCAGCAGCUGCAAGGAGAGAAGGGCAGGCUCCUGGCAGAGGCAGCGGCCGAGCUACGGGAGGAGAACACCCGCGAGGAGAGGAUUCUGGCCCUUGCUAAGCAGCUAGCUGUGCUCCGGGGCCAGGACCCUGAACGAGUGACCUUGCAGGAUUUUCACUUCCCUGACAGUGAUGAGGAGGAGGAGGAGGCCAUCCAGAGGGUCCUGGGGCAGCUUAUGGAAGAGGCUGCCCUAGAAGAGGCGAGUGGCUUCAACAUCCCGGCCAAGCGGGCUCCUCCUCCCAAGCCUAAGGCCCUGGCUGUGGCCCCCGAGGCCCAAUCGGAGGUGGAGGAGGAACUGCCCUGGUGCUGCAUCUGCAAUGAAGACGCCACCCUACGCUGCUACGGCUGCGAUGGCGACCUCUACUGUGCCCGCUGCUUCCGGGAGGGCCACGACGCCUAUGAACGGAAAGAGCACAGGACGGCCACGUACCGCCCGCCUGCCCAGGCCGGGAGUGCUCACCAGGCGGGCGCUGUGCUGAGGAUCGGGCCUGCUGGAAAGGCAACCCUGUAGUUAGCUCCCCGAGGUGCUGGUGCAGGGACCUCGGCGCACGGCGCCCAGGUCUGGCUGCACCCCAGAGGAUGCUCCUGGCGGCUGCCCCUCAGAGUGGCGCCUGUGGAUGAGGAAGCCCGGGGAUCCUCUUUCCUAGAGGGUAACCAGGACAGGGGAAGGGCCCGUGAGUCUGGGGAAGGAUGGAGAGGAAGCAAGGGAGGGUUUGAAUUCUCACUGGACUGAUAGUGGCAGUCUUAAAAGCUGGCCCUCCCGGUCCACUGGACAGCGCACAGUACUUCAUGAACCUCCAGUAAAAUGGAUUUCCCUCCCCCAAA